AUGGCUAAGUCAUCGGAAGAUCGACACCCUGUAAAGGCUUUUGGGUGGGCAGCCACUGACCCUUCAGGUGAUCUCUCUCCCUUCAAAUUCUCGAGGAGGGAAACAGGUGAUGAAGACGUGAGGUUUAAGGUGUUAUAUUGUGGGAUAUGCUACACUGAUCUUCACAGUAUCAAAAAUGAUUGGGGCAACUCUACCUACCCUUUGCUUCCUGGGUAUGAAAUCGUGGGAGAAGUGACAGAAGUAGGUGGCAAAGUAACGAAGGUAAAAGUGGGAGAUAAAGUUGGUGUUGGAGGCUUAGUUGGUACAUGUCACUCCUGCGAAAAUUGUUUAAAUGAUCUUGAAAUUUACUGUCCCAAAUUGAUACUCACGUACAACUCCAUACACACUGAUGGAACAAUCACAUAUGGGGGCUAUUCUGAUCAUAUGGUCGCCAAUCAACGCUACAUUGUCCGGUUCCCUGAUAACUUGCGACUUGCUGCUGGUGCUCCUCUACUUUGUGCUGGAAUUACAGUUUAUAGCCCCUUGAAAUAUUUUGGAUUAGCUGAAGCAGGGAAGCACGUAGGCGUUGUCGGCCUUGGUGGGCUUGGUCAUGUGGCUGUUAAAUUUGCCAAGGCUUUUGGAGCUAAAGUGACAGUAAUUAGUACCUCCCCAAGUAAGAUGAAAGAGGCUUUGGAACAUCUUGGUGCUGAUUCAUUUUUGGCUAGCCGUGACCCUCAACAAAUGCAGGCUGCCAUGGGUACAUUGGAUGGUAUUAUCGAUACGGUGUCUGCAGUCCAUCCACUUUUGCCAUUGCUCAGUCUAUUGAAGUCCAAUGGAAAGCUUAUAAUGGUUGGUGCCCCAGAAAAACCACUAGAGUUGCCUAUCUUUCCUUUACUUAUGGGAUUAAUAAAUGAUGUGACAACAGGAAGGAAGACAGUGGCUGGGAGUAUGGGUGGAGGUAUGAAAGAGACCCAAGAGAUGAUUGAUUUUGCAGCAAAACACAACAUAACGGCUGAUAUUGAAGUUAUUUCAAUGGACUACGUGAACACAGCUAUGGAGCGACUUGAUAAGGCGGAUGUUAGAUACCGAUUUGCCAUUGAUAUUGGGAACACCUUGGCAGCUACCAAGCCUUGAUGACUAAAUAGUAAGUAAGAGAGGGCAUUCUAACAAAGUAACAAGAAAAUAAAAAGUGUGGGAGA